AUGACGGAUUGGAAUCUAAUGGAAGAAAAAUUUUUAGAAAGAUAUUUUCCUCAAUCCCGAUUCAUGGAAGCCAAAACGGCAAUCUUGGUGUUCAACCAAGGAAGCAACAAAUCUCUUAAUGAAGUGUGGGAAAGAUUCAAAUCCAUGCUUAGAAAAUGCAAGGGUCGUGGUUUUGAUGCGCUCACACAAAUUCACAUCUUCCGCAAUGGGCUUCAACUGGUGCACAAGACACUUUUGGAUGCUACCGCGGGUGGAUCUUUAAUGUCAAAAAGCACGGAGGAUGCAAUAAUGAUAAUUGAUCGUAUGGCACUCAAUGAUAUCCAAACUCAACAUGAUAGGAGUCCAUCACAAAGAAAGCCGGGUGUUCUUGAAUUAAACACCAAUGAUGCCAUCCUUGCUCAAAACAAGAUUCUCUCUCAACAAGUUGAGUUACUCACCAAGCAAAUGUCGAAGCUCCAACAUCAAAUGAAGGAAAUUCAUGGGAUGCAAAUGACGUCUCACGUAGCAAGUUGUGAACUUUGUCAAGGCUAUCAAAGGCAACCUCCACCUUACAACAAUCCUUACCAAAGAAACAACCAAGGAUUCCAACCUUCAAGAUUCAGCAAUCAACACUAUCAACAUCAAAGUCCUUAUCAAAGUUCAAACCCACAAGGCCAAGGUCUACAAUCUCAAGGUGGAAGCUCAAAGUUGGAAGACACUCUUACACAAUUCAUGCAAGCAUCCGUGGCUAAUCAAAGGAGUAAUGAAGCGGCCAUAAAGAAUUUAGAAAAUCAAGUGGGUCAACUUGCAAAGCAACAACCGGGAGCACCCUUUUCCGCCAACACCCAAACCAAUCCAAAGGAGCAUUGCAAAGCCAUUGUUACAAGAAGUGGGAAGGAGGUGAAUAGUGGCGUAAAUGAAGAGGUUAUAGUGGAAGAUGAGGAGGAAAUAAUAGUUGAAGAUGAAGAGGAGGAAGUGACAGUUGAAAAUGAGGGAGAAAAGAGUGAGGAGAAGAUAGAGGAAGAAUUAGUUGAAAAAGUGCGGAAAGAAAAAGAAGAAAGAGAGAAAAAUGACAAAAAAGUGAAGAGGAAUAAAAAGAGAAAUGAGAAUGUGAGCACAAUUCCUCUCCAACAUCUACCUUACCCGCAUGUGCAUUCAAGGAAGGAAGACGCAAGGCGCUACGCUCGAUUUAUGGAUAUAUUUAAACAACUUCACAUAAAUAUUCCAUUUUCCGAAGUAUUGGAGAAAAUGCCCAAAAAGGAAGCCGAUCCGGGACGAGUCAUUUUACCGAUCACCAUUGAAGGUAACUACAUUAGUAAUGGUUUGGUUGAUUUGGGGUCUAGCAUCAAUUUAAUACCUUUAUCCGUUGUCAAGAGAUUGGGGAACAUUGAGAUGAAACACACCGGGAUAACUUUGCAACUAGCCGAUAAGUCUAUCAUUUCACCAUAUGGAGUUGUACAAGACAUGCUGGUAAAAGUGGACAAAUUUUUGUUCCCGGUUGAUUUUGUGGUAGUCGACAUGGAGGAGGAUCGUGAUGUGCCAUUAAUACUUGGAAGACCAUUCAUGAAGACCACCCGAAUGAUGAUUGAUAUCGAUGAUGGGAUUAUGAAAGUAAGGGUGCAAGAUAAAGAGGUAAUUUUUACUCUUUUUGAGUCUAUGAAGCCUCCUAAGGAUGAACAUGACAACUUCCGAAUCGAUGAUGAAAAAGGAGAAAUCAUUGAGGUGGAGAAUCAAUUUCACAAGGACAAGGACAAGGCAAAUCAUGAGGGAAAGACUCAUCACAAAAACUUUAAAGUUGGACAAAUGGUGCUUGUGUGCAAUUCAAGACUCAAGGUGUUUCCUAGCAAGUUAAAGUCAAAGUGGUCGGGGCCAUUUGUUGUGAAAGAGGUGUGA